AUGUCGGCGCAAUAUUUGACCGCCAAGCCACGGCCCAACCAGACCACGCAAGAGUUGCGCUUUGCUUUGGUCGGUGCCUGCCGUAAGGCCCUUCUCACGCAAAUUUCGGCCAAAGUCGACUCAAUGCCAGCGCCACGACUAAUGAGCCCCGACCAUCACGGAAUUCUCUCGACUUCCCGUAAUUCCUCUGCGCCGCACAACUCGAACCUCGUCCAGGACCGGAUCGUCUCCAUGCAUUCCACUACCACGCGAGUUUCAUGA